UUCAAAAAAUCUGGAAGACGUUUUAACAAGCGUCUCAAGGUUGGUGUUAUUCCUAAAUUUCCUGCUUUCUUCCAUUUUAAAUUUUCCGCUUUCUUUCAUUUUGUGUUGUAAAUGUUGGAUAACUCUUGCGAAUCUUACCCUUCCUUGUUUCAGGGUGGUGUUUCAGAUGAAGCAACGCUUACAGCAUUUGUCACAGUGUCCCUUCUGGAAUCCGGGAUGUCUCCUGAGGUAUUACUAAUUUCAUGCGCAAUUCGCUCUCUCCAGUCAGCGGUAGAAUUUUGUGUACAGCCACUGCGGAAGUGUUGAGUGGAAGUCUCCACCUAUUGUAAACAGCCAACGCGUGUUCCACACUCCCAUUUUGUUUGAUAAGAAAUUUUUUAUUUUUUUACCCAUGGGAAGCUCCUUAAAUGUAAGACCAUCAAGGAAGAAGAUAUGAGUUUUUUAUUGUUUUUUUUUACGCCUGCUUGUAUUGGGAUUUGGAAGAACAAGAAUGGUUUACAAUGGAGACAUUCUUCUUCUGGCUGCUGUUAUGGGCUAGCAUCCUAUGCAGCGGGACGUAACAAUACCCCGAGGAGCUUCAUGCUACAGAAAUCCCCGGUUAAUCUCCAAAUGCGUGGGCUUUAUGACAUACCUCUGGCGGGGGCGGGGGGAGGGGUAACCCUGCGGCAACGGGCAAGCAUCCCAUAGAGUGAAAUGUAACAAUACCCCGAGGUGCUUCAUGCUACAGAAGCCGGAGAUAAGCUCCAGAUUAAUGGGCCACUUGACUCUUAUGAAAACUCUAACUUUACUUGCUUGAAUAGAGAGUAGAAGUAUGAUGUCAGGUUACCAUGGUAGCAAAAGUUUUGGAUCUCAAGAAUCUUUCUUGACAGAGACGGCCAUUUGCACUGUCAAACGAUGGAAGAAAAGUAUGGGUUACUAUUUUGUUCCUGAGAGCAGUCAAGCACAGGAAAGUCAUACAUGUCAAUUUUUUCGUUUUUUACUGUCAUAUUUUCAGGACCACAGUUUGUUGACACCCAGAUAUUUUGCUAUCAUCAUGGACACGUGACGUAAGCACUUGUCCUCUCUAUAAAGGGCGAGCUUUAUAGCUUUGUCAACUUAAACAAUUUUUUUUUUCACGCUUGAAUUUUUCAGAGCAAUGUUAUCCAAGGCGCACUUAUUUGCUUGCGGGAUGCAUCUUUCAAUCUCACUGAUUUAUAUUCGUUGGCCUUGUUUGCGUACACCUUCACCCUGGCCAAGGAUCCCACCGCCGCCGGUUUAUUCAAGGCGCUUCAAAGCAAAGCCAUCGUUGAAGGUCAGUGUGGUCCAUAUAAUGAAAGUUACCUUUCUUGUCGUUUUGCACACCAAGAGUAGCAAAUUGAAUGGCCUUUUGACUUUUGUGUAAAUAAAUGACACAUAUCCAAGUCAUAUCAGGCUUUAUCGAUCUUCGUCACGGAUUCUGGAUCUUGGAAAAUUAAGCUUAAAUUGUUCGAACUUGUAGCGUGUUAACCUGCGAAAACAGCCGUCUCUCCUUGCUCCUCGCCACUAGUGACGCCGCUAGAGUCAUUUACGCGUCUGGGAUCUGGUCAGGAGCUCUGAUUGGUCGACGCUGUAGUUAUAUUGUUUUAGCUAUUGUCACAGGGUCCAGAGGGGAUAUGUUUGUCGUUAGAACAUCAAAACCCGUCGAAAACCUGUGAAAAAUGGGUUAUUUUGAUCGCGUUACGGUUUCGUUACACAUUCUAUAGACCGCAAACCAAGAGACUGAGGGCUCGCAAGAUCGGCUUUUACUCGGCACUUCGUGCCUCGGUCGCGCUUCGGGCGACGGCCUUCGGUCACCCUUCGGGCGACGUUGCGUGCGCCAGCGAGGAUAUGGCUUGCGGUUAUUGAUUUUCAAAAUAGCGAACAACAAAGUCGAUCUGGGUCAGAUAAGAAGAGAAGAAAUCGUUUACAGUAGAUUCAUUAAGGUCCCAUUGGGCUAAUUAAUCGUGCUAAGCGACAGCUAUAGACAUUUUUCAAGGUGAGACUUUAAAUAAGUAAUUCAUUUAUUCUCACGAAACUCCUCUGGACCCUGUGCUAUUGUUUACGAAAGACAGACAAAAGACAAACGUCAAAUGCAAAUGCAAUGAAUUUACUACAAAAAAGUCAAUAUUCGUAGAUUAUAUUCUUCUUUACAAGACGCAUUUGAGUUACACAAAAAUUGACUAUAAUGGGCAAGGAGAAACAUAAAAACAAACAGACACAUCAGUAUGGAAUUUCUGUCGCUAAGGCGCAGACGUACCUACUGCCGAAACGUCCCUAGUGGUUAGGAGAGAGAAUCAGACGGCUGUUUUCGCGGGCUAGUGGUGUAAAUCCAUAUCAAUCACUUCCAUUCCCAACUGUCCUUGAUCCAUCACUUUGAAGUAUUACAUUUUUGGUGUUUUUCUAUUUUACUGAACUAAGAAGUUAAAAAUAAAUUGAAACAACAAAAAUGAUCCAGCUUUUGCUUGGUAUAUAAGUCAACAGCCUUCUACUUUGCUAAAGUAAAGUAAAAGAAACAUUUUCUCAUCCACUUGUCCGAAGGACAAGCACUAUAUUAAAUUUGGUUGUCCAAAAGCCAAGAGUUCUUGUCCGAAAAGUUUUGCUCGAAACUCGAUACUCAAAAUCAAUCGGGAAUUUAAUUAUCUUCUCUUGAUUCACUUAAUUCUUUGAGAAAAAGAAAACCUAACCUCGAAGACCUUAGUUUUUGGGCUUUUUGUGAUUCUGUCAUUAUCAACUCGAAUUUGAGCCGGGGAAUGAGUUACAUACGUCUCAACAGAAGUAACUCUACUGUAAUUUGAAGUGGUAAAUUUUCGACUGUUUCUGUAUUUUUUCUAAUUAAAAAUGUACUUGUCCCCCGAACAAGUCAUGUCAAAGGAUUACAUGUCUAAACUAUUUUUCUACCUGUCCUGGACAAUCAGUUUUGGCGCACCCUGCCAUGUCAAUGUCACAACCGAAUUAAAAUGUAAUUGUUGUGUUGUUCAUUUGUACAGAUGGACUGAUGUAUUGGGGAAAAGAAAAAGUGGUCCCACCCAGUGACCAGUUUUAUAAUCGUGCUCCAGCCGCCGAUAUCGAGUUGACUGCUUACGCUUUGAUGACGUACAUCUUACGGGCUAAGGAAGAUUCGUCGUUGAUUGGUCAAGCCAUGCCCAUCGUCAGGUGGCUGACUAAACAAAGGAAUGCUCUGGGAGGACUUGCGUCCACACAGGUUAGUAGAGUACACAGAGCCCGUACUCUGUUUGAAGGACGCUUUGAUUCCUUUGUUCAUGGUUUGGUAUAAACAUACGGUAUGCGAUGGAGUUGCCAAGUUAAAUGAUGAGGUUGUUCACGUCAUUUAUCGUUAUAGGACACAUGUGUUGCAUUGCAAGCCCUGAGCAAGUAUGCCAAAGACGUGUAUUCUAACACUACAUCACUUUCUGUUCGGUUUGGAGAGCAAAGUGACCAGAAGUUCAGUGCCGAGUUUAACAUCACUGAGGACAACAGAAUGGUGUCACAGAGAGCUGAGGUAGGCUAUAUAGGAUGGUGCUAAUUUUCCCUUAACUGCGGUUGAUUAAGACAUCAGCAUGUUUGUGUUCACAGGUGUUAACAGUGAUCACAUCCACACACAAUUUGUCAUUAUCGUGUUUAACAUUAAAAGCUCUUCAAAUUCCGUUUUCUAGAAGAAAGAAAUGUCACCGCGAUUUCUUGUAUUGACAGCUUUUAGCAUCUGCUUGCCCCUUGAGAGACUACGUGACCUUGCUUUUUCCCAUCAGUCCUAAGACGCCUACAGCGAUGGCCGUGGGUACUCAGCCCGCCUUGCUCAUUCACCAUUAUUGUUAGAAAUACGUCCCGGAUUACCAGUUCCCCAAGAUCAAUGUUCAAAUGUGUACAAGUGUGGUAACAUGUCGAUCUAAUUAUCCAUUUCUCAGGUUCCUUCAAGCAUUCUACCCAUCAAGAAACUACCAUUACAAGUGCAGGGAGAGGGCUGUGCUCUAAUGCAGGUUUUUUGCUCCAUUCCUUUAAUUUUUCUUUGUCCUCGUUCACUUCCUUUUUACUUUUCCCGUUUCUCUGAUGAUGUUGUGGACUGUAGAUAAAACCCGCGGGAAAUAGCUUGAAAGGUUAUGGUUAAGUUGGCUGACGUGUUUUGCAGCCAUUUUUAAUGUGUGACGGCGACCACUCGGUAGAGGUCACGUGAUACGUUAUUGAGGGAACCCUUUUCUUUCGGCGAAUUGACAAGCGACUGCUUAAUACAUCUGUUAAACUUGAAUCAAAGCAAAUAACGAGUUCCGCAAAAAAGCAGGCAGAAAACUACGAUAUUGGCUAGAUUAUUUUUGGGCUUAAAAUAAAAUGUGCUUACUUCGCUUUCUGUCCAGGCGGAUGUGUCGUACAAUAUUCCAGACGUUAAAGAAGAACCCGCGUUCGACUUGAAAGUAAAACUCAAACUUUCUGAAGAUCUAGUGGAUCCUCUUGCAACAGAGACGGGAGAGUUUCUGUGUAUGCCUUUGGAAAUGUCCAUCUCAGCCAAGUAAGAUCCAUUUUGUUUACAUUUUCAGUUUUUUGCUUUUUGUUCAUUAGAGAGAUAGAUUCACGGUUUCCGCAAAUGGCAAACGUCGAUAGACCGUUUCCGAGUUUCCCAGGGCUCUAUUUCAAAACGAGGCUACGUGCAUUUUUUAUUCUCAUGCAAAUGAAGCUCGUUAUCACAAGAAAGGUUUUUCACUUAACCUCGUUUUGAAAGUGAUGGUUUUUUGAAAUUCUGAAAUGGCCAGUUGAAACAUUUUGCAGAGUUUUUAUCUGUUCAUAUUCUUGUACUGAAAAAAAUUGUCAAAGUGAAUCAGUUUUGCGCUAUUUACCAUCGUAACUUCUAAAUCUGUCUGUCUGUUGUAUAUACCUCCAGUUGUAAUUUUAGUCUAUUUUCAAAAAACAACAUCCCUGUACUUGAAUUUAUAUGUAAGGUGUCUCUUUCUGUAUGUUAUUGUAUUUCUUUUCUUUUCCUUUUUUCUUAUGUAAUUUAAUAUCGCCUUUAUUUAAAGUUUGGUCCUGCCUAGAUUAGCAUUAUAUCUAUUUGCGGGGCAUAAAGUAUUGUAAAUUUUAUAGUUCUGUAAAUAAAUACAUUGUUGUUGUUGUUGUUGUUGUUGUUUGUUGCUCGGAUUACCACGACAAAUCUUAUCAAGAAACCUUCCAAGUUUUUUAUUUGGUUUGGUGUCUGCUAAUUUAGGUGGCUGAAGGAAGACUCAUCUAACAUGGCGGUUAUUGACGUUAAACUCGUGUCAGGGUAUCAAGUGGACGAAGAGAGCUUGGAUAGGGUAAGUGUUCAGUGAAUAAUAUUCCAGUAAUCGGAGAACUAUGUUAUACCCACGGGAUUGUCAGGGGCCAAACAUUGCAACUCGGUAUGAAGAAAUGUGUGAUGUAAAGUAGUUUUUAGUGCCCGCGGUCAUAGAAUAACGCAUUUUCGAUGUGAUUUUUUGAGAAGCGGAGGUUGUUUAAUGUUGGCGCGUUGAAAUUGUAAGUUUGUGUGACAAUCCUGUUAAUACGGACACUUUCUAUGGCCCCUUCAGUGUCCGUAUUAACCCUUCAAACCCUAAGAUCAAAAUUUGAAUUCUCAUUUGUUGCUUCUAUUCAUUUCCACCAAAGUAGUGGGGAGAAGUUGAUAAAAUAUUUAGCAAAUUCAUCUUGUGUGAUCAUGUCCUUAAUUCUCAUGACCACUCUGUUUUACAAAGUAAUUAGAUUACAAGGAGAAAUUUGAUGCUGAUCACUCUUAGGGCUUAAAGGGUUAACGGGCUUUGGUUGUACAUGUUUUCUUCUAGUUGAUGAACCACGCUAAACUUGGAAUGAAACGAUACGAAAUCGAGGGCCAACACGUGAUUUUGUACUUUGAUGAGAUUGACAAGGUGUCGUUCGCGUUCAAGAUUUAUCAGUCAACCCUGGUGGCAAAAACUAAACCAGCCUCGGUCACCGUCUAUGACUAUUACGAGACUCGUAAGUACACUGUAGAUAGGUUUCUGCAAAGCUAAUACAAAGAUACAGUAGAAAUGCGCGUGUAAGAACCUACAGUUUUAAUUAAAGUCUGGCAAAAGAGGUAGGCUAGGUAGGUUUUAAUUAGCUAACUAAUUUCUAUGAAGGAAAUAUAGUUGUCGAGUACUAGAAAAAGAAAUAUAAUUGGGUUUGGUUCUUAUAUAUACAUUUUUUUAUGAUGAACCUAACUAAAAUUUUAUAUGAGAUCAUCUCUAUAACAAGAGUUGUCAAACAAAAAACAAUAAAAUUAAUAAUAUAGUAAAUAAAUGAAGUAUUUUCCUGUAAUACAAAUUUGCAAUCUCGAAGUCAAACGUCUUGCUCAAAUUUGUUAUCAUAAUUUUACUGUAUUUUACUUAUAAGAAACUGCUUGAUCCUUCUUGUUCUUACAUUUUUUGGGUAUUAAAGUGGCAAAUUUCUGGCAGCAGGUUUCUUAAACCCCAAGUCGGCUCUUACAUGAGGGAUUUAACUGCAUCAAGAGAAUUUUAGCGGCGAACUGUUAAAAAGUUUUUUUGUGACUGGGGAUGGUGCAAUUACCAGGUGAACAGUCACACAAAACAAAACAAAAUUUCCUCACCCACAUUAUCACCAGAAGUCAGUUGCUCCGCAACACCAAGAAACACUCCUCCCGCCCCCCCACCACCACCACCACAACCCCCCCAAAAGUCAGUGGCAUCUGUCAAAUUUAUUCAGGUGUCAGAAACCCUCUUUUUGUCUGUUAGUAAUCCACUCUCGCUUUUGUGAUACAUAGCAAACGGUGAUAAAGAGGGUGAUAUCUGAACAGACAACUCACAGUCGAUAGAAACAGAGAUUUUGGCAACAAAUUAAAACUAAGCCAUCAUAUAGAAUUUCUUUUAUUGGUUACUUCCAUAUGAGUGAAAGGUGUCGAUUGACGUCAUCUGACCUGAUAUCUCCAUCUUCUUCAGCCGUACGUAGAAAUUCAUUUCUGAAUUGUGCUUUUUGUUAUGUUUUAACAGAUCUUUCUGCAACGGUGAUGUACAAAAUCACCGAGGACAUGUGCUCACCGGAUUUCGUCCCAAUCGGUUAG